GUGUAAAUAAAAGAAGCUCAAGGUCCUAGACCCAAAAAGCUCUCGCUCUUGGUCUCCCACCAAAUACGAGCUCGAGUCCGUAACCCUAAACCACCAAAACCCUCGUCGCCUCCCCUCCCACCACACCACCCCUCGACGCGAGCACGCGCGGAAAGAGGGAGAAACCCCCACCCACGGCGAUGGCGGCGUUGGCUAGGGUUUUCAGCGGGUCCCGGUUCCUCACGUCCUCGGCGGCGACGGGAGCCAAGAAGUCCGUUGGGGUGGCCGCGGGGGCGCAGGUGACCAAGGCGGAUGCGACGGCGGCGAAGGCGAAACGCGGGAUCAUGCAGCCGGUGCCGGUAUCCGACGCGCUGCGCAAGUUCGCCGGCGGCACCCCCGAGGUCUCCCGCGCCGGCGCCGUCAAGCUCGUCUGGGCCCACAUCAAGGCCCAUGGCCUCCAGAACCCAGCAAACAAAAGGGAGAUCAACUGUGAUGAGAAGCUCAAAAGCUUAUUUGGUGGGAGGGAUAAGAUUGGGAUGAUGGAGGUCACCAAGUUACUGAGCCCUCACUUCGUGAAGAACUAACUAAAGCAGCAGUCAAUGGAGCCAGCGAUUGGGGUUUGCGGCUAAGAUGUGUAUCGGAUAGCCUCUUUUGUGAUCCAUGUUAAGUCCAACUCCCACUAGGUAGUUAAGCCAAAGUCGUGUGGUGGCGUCGAGACUUCAGACUUGCUUCAGCAUUUGGGUUCGGGGGUUCCGUGAUGCUCCUGUAAAAAGGAUUCCCAUUGUUUCGUACUUUCGUUGUGUGUUGCUCCUGCAAUCCUGCGAGGGCAUCUGCAUGCACAUUGAUGUGGGAAAUGUUUAAUCUACUAAUUGCAGCU